CACGUCUCAGGAAGCGGCAACAUUGUUCCUCUAACAGACCCAGAUCUUAAGGCCCUUGCUCUUUAAAAUAAUAAUAAUAAUAAUAAUAAGGCUUCGUAAAAAAAUAUAUCUAUUAAUUCCCGACGAUUAACAAUUGUACUUUAGUCCGCGGAAUCUCCCCAGAGUUUUCAAACUAUAAUUACCAUGCCCAGAGGAGGUAAAAAAGGCCACAAAGGCCGUGGCAAACAAUUCAGCAAUCCCGAGGAAAUUGACCGACAGAUGCGAGCACAGAGGGAAAUGGAAGAAAACGGUGAUGCUGAACACGAAAGUUUGUCAGAAUCAGAAGAGGAAAGUAGCAGUGAAGAUGAACACAGUCAAAGAAGGAAUGGUGUGGAAGGAUUGAUUGAAAUUGAGAAUCCUAACCGCAUUUCCCAGAAGAGCAAGAAAGCUUCUGAAGUAGAUGUUGAAGCACCAAAGGAGCUCUCGCGCAGAGAGAGGGAGGAGAUUGAGAAGCAGAAGGCCAAGGAGCGCUACAUGAAGCUGCAUCUAGAAGGAAAAACGGAGCAGGCCAGGGCUGACCUUGCCAGACUGGCUAUCAUUAAAAAACAGCGAGAAGAGGCAGCAAAGAAAAGAGAAGAACUGAGAAAAGAAAAAGAAGCCCAGGAGGCCAAGUCCAAACGUUAGCCUGUUCCCCACCCCUGAAGACCGGGCUGGCGGGGAGGGAAGGAAUGAAAUUAAAUAGGGAAACAGUUCAGGGGUGUCCAGACACACUGUCCAUUCAUUCUUUCACCCCAGAGGGACAGGACAGAGGUUUGGACAGAGUCGGACAGAAGUGGGGGUCAAAGGCAGGAGCCUGUUGGUUUGUGGUUGGGCCCUGAGACGGGGAGUAAUCAGCAACACCGUGGCAUGCUUGUGCCUCAGCCCUCACCCCCCACCCCCCACGCCCCACCCCACCCCCC